AUGUAUGCGCAUAAAGAUUCAAGUGGAAGAGUAACAGACGAAUUUCUUAGCGGAGCAGAGAUAUUCAUGUACCAGGCCGGACAGACGCCUCUGACAAACGAAACGGGUAAAAUGUUCUGUCCUUGUCGUAAAUGCAACAAUACGAAGUUUGCUGCUAGUGAUACCGUUUGGAAACAUAUAGUAAAUAUAGGAUUUACUCCACAUUACUAUAUUUGGUGUAACCACGGAGAAGGUGAUAGUAGGAAUGAAGCUAGUAGUAGUAAUCAGGUUGAAAAUGUUCGUAAUAGAGUUGAACCACAUUUGCCUUCUGAAAGUGUCAUUCAAGAAGAUCAUAUGGUAGAUCAUGAUAGAAUGCAUGAUAUGGUUACCGAUGCAUUUCGUGAAACUACAUCAGUAAUAGAGGAGGUCAAAAAUGUAGAGGGGCCUAACUUGGAUGCAAAAAGAUUUUAUGAAAUGCUAGCAGCAGCUAAUGAGCCAAUUUAUGAAGGUUGUAGAGAAGAGUAUUUGCCUGAAGAGAAUUUGUGUGCUGAAUCUUAUUAUGAGAUUCAGAAACUUGUUCAUAGUCUUGGUUUACCUUCGGAGAUGAUUGAUGUUUGUAUAGACAACUGUAUGAUAUACUGGGGAAAAGACGCAGAAUUGUUAGAGUGUAAAUUUUGCAAGAAACCACGAUAUAAACCGCAAGAACGUGGACGGAAUAGGGUGCCUUACCAGCGGAUGUGCAACCCCCGCAACGUUUAUCUUGGGCUCUGCACAGAUGGCUUUAGUCCAUUUGUAAUGUCUGGAAGACAAUACUCGCUUUGGCCAGUCUUCUUGACACCAUACAACCUUCCACCAGAGAUGUGUAUGGAAAAAGAAUUGCUUUUCAUGAGUAUAUUGAUACCUGGACCAAAACAUCCUAAGAGGUCCCUUGAUGUUUUUCUACGACCUUUGAUAGAAGAAUUGAAGGAAUUGUGGUCAACAGGCGUGCAAACAUAUGAUUGUUCGACGAAAACAAACUUUACAAUGCGAACAGUUCUAUUGUGGACUAUUAGUGACUUUCCUGCAUAUGGGAUGUUGUCGGGUUGGACGACGCAUGGAAGACUAUCUUGUCCAUAUUGUAUGGGAAGCACAGACGCAUUUCAGUUGAAGAAUGGUAGGAAGACGUCUUGGUUUGAUUGCCAUCGAAGAUUUCUUCCCAUUAACCAUCCAUACCGAAGGAACAAGAAAUUGUUUCGGUCAAAAAGGGUUGUACGGGACACCGCUCCACCAUAUUUAUCUGGAGAGAAAAUCGAGAAGGAUAUUGAUUACUAUGGUGGAUGCAGCACAGUCAUCAAAGGCGGUAAUUGGCAUACUCCUGCAAAUAUGCCUGAUGGUUACGGGACUCAGCAUAAUUGGCACAAGAAGAGUAUAUUUUGGGAACUUCCAUAUUGGAAAGAUCUACUUCUGCGCCACAAUCUUGACGUGAUGCAUAUAGAGAAGAACUUCUUUGACAACAUCAUCAAUACAUUGUUGAAUGUCCCCGGCAAGACAAAAGAUAACAAGAACUCAAGGUUGGAUUUGCCUGCAUUAUGCUCUCGGAUUGAGCUGCAUAUUAGAAACGAUGGGAGAAUUCCAGUUUCCAUUUUCAGAUUGUCAGCAUAA